AUGGGCACAGUUGACAGCCCUAUCAAACUGGUAGCCACCUUUGUAGGAUAUAACGGAGCUGGCAAGACCACCCUGCUCUACAAGAUAUUAGACCGCCCUCUUCCUCCCAACUUUGUUCCUAAGGUUCUGCCCUGGGAUGAAGGUCCCCUCUACCUGACCACCCGUACGGAGGACGGCCGUGAAGUACACCUUCACGUGCGGGACACGUGUGUGUUGGACGAGUACGACAGAUUCAGACCUCUGAACUUCCCUCAAACUGACGUGUUUGUGAUCUGUUUCCCGAACACCCUCGAUCUGUUCUGGAGAGACGAGAUAGUCAGGUGCGGGUUUCAGGAAGUCCCAGUGGUACUGCUGAAGACCAAGGUGGACGAGGUUUCCUCUGAUAAUAUGGAGAAGCAGGUGUGUGAGGAGGAUGUGGAGUUGAGUAAAGACAAGGUGGGGUGGCUCUACUCGUUGGAGGUGUCUGUUCAGAACGAGAUGUUGGUAAAGGAGCUGGUAAGUAAGAUAGUGCUAGCUGGACUGAGCCAUCAGAAGACGAAGGUUGAGAGGAAGAAGCGGAGAUGCGUUGUUUUAUGA